UCUCUCUCCCCUGCAGACACGUUCCUCGGCACGGAGCCCGGAGCGGACCGAGUGUUCCGGGGCUCCUUCCGGGUGUCGCGGGGCGACAGCUUCUUGCCGCCGCUCGCCGACCCCAGCACGUCGCAGUUCAGGGAGCGGGCCAGGAACUACCGGGAGCGGCUCAACGUGCUGUUCAGGAGAUCCCCCGUGCGGACGGGCUUCGUGGGCACGGAGGUGCUGGCGCUCGACGGGGUCGAAGGCGAGGACCUGGUCGUGCACUUCAACCUGCGCUUCGACCCGUACUACGGCGCCGACGUGCGGGUGCCCGACCUGCUCCGCAUCAUGCACACCGUCACCAUCAACGCCACGGCCGCCCCCAUCCUGGACGGGCUCCAGGUCGACCCCGCGUCCCUGCUGUUCCGCGAGGAGGGCGACGCCACGAGCGGGACGGCCGGACCCAGGACGUCCACGACGCCGGCCACGACCACGACCACGGAGCCGCCGCCGCCGCGGCGCUGCGCGCCCGUCGAGCUGGACUACUGCAGGCGCGGGCUGCCCUAUAACGCAACGUCCUACCCCAACGUGCUGGGUCACAAGGACUACGCCGCGCUCCGAGAGGACGUGAUCGCGUUCCGCGAGCUGGUGGACGCCGAGUGCUACCGCCUGGCCUUCGAGUUCGUGUGCCAGGCGCUGCAGCCCGAGUGCGUGCCCCGGCCGGGGCUCAUGCGCGGCCCGCAGGUCCCCGCCAUGCAGCAGCCCCUCGUCGAGGACCUCAUGGUGCCGCCGUGCCGCUCCUUCUGCCGGGACUUCAUGGCGGGCUGCGGGUCGCGGGUGCCGCAGCGCUUCCGCGAGGCCCUGCAGUGCUCGCGCUUCCCCGAGUACUCGGGCCCGGGAUCCUGCGCCGACCGGCCCGGCGCCGUGGACGUGACCGAGGCAGCGCCGUCCACCCACUCGGCCUCGUCCACCACCCCGGCGGCCGCCGGCAGCCGGCCCGGCAACACGACGGGGGCGGCGUGCCUGGCGGCGCUCAGGGCGGGCCCGCUGGCCGGCCGGGUGUGCGACGGCGUCCCGGACUGCGCCGACCUCGCCGACGAGGCGGACUGCGGCUACUGCCCGCGCGGCGGCCUGCACUGCGGGCUGGGCGGCGGCCGGCCGCACUGCGUCCACCAGCACCAGCGCUGCGACGCCAAGCACGACUGCCCGGGCGGCUCCGACGAGAAGCACUGCUGUGAGUGGACCCCUACAUACGAUAAGGCGCUCAAUGAGUCUCCGCACUCGCGGCCGCCUCUAUCGCCUCCCCCCUCCCGCUCCCUGAGCGCGCUGUCCGCCGGGAAGCACAUCUCGGCGGCGCGCUACCACGCCGAGGGCUACGUGGUGUUCAACGAGAAGGGCGAGACGGGCAAGGUGUGCACCGAGAACCUCAACAGCACGGUGCCGGCGCCAAACCGGGACCAGACGCUCAACACCAUCGCCACCUCGCUGUGCGCCGCGCUGUCCUACCAGAAAGUGGAGUCGGUGCGCGUGCAGCUGGACGACGAGCGCACGGAGCGCUACGUGCUCAUGGAGGACCCCACCGCGGCCGAGAUCACGUUCGUGCCGGCGCCCUGCCCGCGGCGGGAGGUGCUCUACGUGUCCUGCUCCCAGAUCGAGUGCGGGGUGAGGGCGUCCGCGACCGCGUCGGGCGGCGCGCCUCCUCGCUUGGCGGCCCCCGGGGACUGGCCGUGGCACGCCGCGCUGCUCAAGGACGGCGCGCACGUCUGCGACGCCACGCUGCUGUCGGCGCAGUGGCUGCUCACCACCAGCUCCUGCUUCCAGGGGCAGGGCAGCCAGACGGGCGAGUGGGUGGCGAGGGUGGGCGCCGUGCGCCUGUCGUCGCGGUCGCCGUGGCAGCAGGAGCGGGUGGCGCAGGUGCACCGGCGGAUCGAGUCGCCCGCCGAGGGCAGCAUGCUCACGCUGGUGCGCCUCGCCGAGCCGCUCGCCCUGUCCGACGCCGUGCGCCCCAUCUGCCUGCCGGACGCCGUCGCCCCGCAGGCCGGCGCCGCCUGCUCCGCCCUGGGCUGGGCCCGGGGCGCGGCCGCGGGCGAGGCGCUGCGCCGCGUCGACGUGCACGUCGCCGCCAAGGAGCGCUGCGAGAACGUCACCAUCACCUCCGUGAACGCGCUGUGCGCCGCGCCGGUCGCCGAGGACUGCGAGGUGAGUCGCGUGGCGCUCGGCAUGACUCGGGCCCCGCAGCGCCCGCAGCUGUCCCUGAGCAGGCCGCGCAGCUGCCCCAGCUGCCGCCAGCUGCCCGGCACCGCGCCACGCCGGCGGCCCGAGCGGCCGGGUAAUUGCCCUUCGUGCUGCUCGUGUUGUACGAGGACCGGGAGCAAAAGGCGAUCGGGUGUUGCCUGCCAGUCGGGCCCGGGCCGGAGCUGGACGCUGGCCGGCGUCAGCAGCUGGCGCGUCGCCUGCAGCAAGACGCCCAGCGCCGAGCGGCCGCGAGUCUACGACAAGGUGUCCUCCAACCUCGAGUGGAUCCGGAGGACGAUGAGGGAGGCUGGCGACGAGCCGCCGGCCGUCAGGUCCUCGUAGCGGGCCGGUCCGGGCAGGACCCGGGUGCCGCCGGGGUAAAUGGUCGCCGAUUAUCGACGUCGGGGUCACCCCGUCCUCCGCAAGCUCGCCGCCAUCUGCAAGUGAGAAGAAUUACCGCGAAUUGCGUACCGUCGGAGUAAACGUCCUUUGCAAAAGUGUUUGACGAUGUCAUUGGACGUGCGCGAGCGAGAGGAGCCUCCCACGGCCCACGGCGGGUGCACGUCGACGACAACGGUCCCACGCCGCACGAACUGUAUGGUCUGCUGCGGCGGGACGGCCCGGCCGAGGCGUCCCAGCGGGGCAUGUUAGGGGAAUAUUGUGUGUCGAUCCGACAGGAGCAGCCGGGUCAUAAAACUUAAGUCUCUGCCGAGGAGGACAGUGACCUCCGUGGCCGAAGCCGGCCCACCGCCGGGCGGCAGGGAGACAGAGCCAAAACAAAGCCAAUAAUGUAACAUAGUAAUUUAUUUCUUAUCGUUUAAGCCCUUACGCGUGCAUGUUGCGAAGACACCAAUUUUGCUCAUAGACAUGAUGAUCUUUUUGUGAUAAAAGCGUCCGAUAUUUGAUUGUAUUUUUUUACCUUAGUGAAGGGUAUUUCGCUGAAUCUCGAAAGUGCAAAUGACAAAAUUAAGAUGUAAAUAAGUGACAGAUGAAAAUUCGGUAUAGUUUGAGAUGACGUUUUUGGUUAUCUCUUAACUUUGUAUUAUUUAUUUCAGAAUGCAGGACGACUUAUGCGGUUUGACACUUCUUUACAUCUUUAUUCCAUUUUUUCUUUCCGAACUCCGGAUACAGAGGAAUAUCCUACUUAAGAUUUGUAAAUAACUUUUUAUAUAUGUGAGAUCGGAAUAGCUCGUCAGUUGCUGAAAGAACCAGGAUGUUUAAAACCUGGCAUUUUACAGAACAUAAUACUGCCUAACGAUGCGUUUUAUACAAUGAGAUGCAUACUUCACGGAACAUUGCCACUGUUGUCUGUUAUGGUGUGGCGAUCGUUCAUUCGAAGACUGAGAAAAACUGACGAGGGAUCCUUCACUGUAAUGUAUACACAUUGUACAGACUGCGUGACUACCUGUGUUAUUUUGUAUCGGGCCGAGCGGGAUGCAGCCUUUCGCGGAUUGCAAACAAAUGAAAAGGGCGAUCCGCGAACAUUUUUCGCAUCCCGCUCGGAAUGACAAAUGUAAAUACCUUUUUAGUCUCCUAAUUGGAAAUACAUUAUCUUCAACGAGUAA